GACAGCACCCUGAGCCAGCUACUUAAACCAGGUUCAGAAACUGCAAGAGUUCACCCAGCAGGACUUAGAGCUGACCGUAUUUACGUCACCAGCGUUUUUCAAGUUGAAAUUAAUCGCCAACAAAGAAAGAUAGAAAUGAACACACCAAGAGAACAAGAAAGGAUGGACCAACAGUCAAAUCUGGUCACUAUUAACACACUUCGCCCAGUUGUCUGCAUGUUCCUGGACCGCAUCACGUCGGGAACAUGGGAAACAGUGCAGACGGGGCGUUUAGACGAGGAGACAAAGACUAUCCUCACAGAUAUGUUUGUGGAUAUCCUGGAGAUUGUUGCUAAAUCUCUCCUGGAGUUAUUAAGGAACAGGCUAACAGAGGAAGAGAGAGGAGCCCAGAAGAGCCCUGAAGUAUCAGAGGAGGAAGUGUACAAGCGUCUGGGUAACCUGGGUGAGAUUGUCACACAGACUGUGGCGGAGGUGCAAGGCGUAGGUAACAUCCGUUACUCGGGCACACAGGAGAUGACGGAGCUUCUAGUCGCAGGAGUCACAGAGAGAGUCAACUCCAAACUCUCGCAAAGCCGCAACGGAGAAGACGUCGAGGAGCACAAGACUUCUCCGGGGAUGGCAAGGAAGAUGGCUUUACAUUUCAAGAAGAUCUUGAGGAAAUGUGCGACAAAAAUGUCAAAGAUGCUUUCAAGAAAGAAGGCUGAGCAAGAGGGGUUGUCCACACAAGAGCAGGAGGAGGAGGAGGAGGAGGAGCAUGAAGGAGAGGUAAGAUCUGUUCAAACAGAGGAGGAGGAGGAGGUCAUGUCAGUCACACAGACCCCUGGAACAUCUCUGCAACAAGACAAACCAAGCUGUGUUGAGUCUGAAGCCAAUACAUUUAUUACAUCAGUUAUAUCUGUGAAGACCAUCUUGGAGGAACACUUGAGACAGAUAGAUAUUGCUGCUGUUGGAGACGGUCUGAUUACAGAAGAAGACAUGGAGCUGCUUAAUUCAAGAUCCUCCCAGGAUUCAGAGGAACUAGCAACAGAGAUUGUUGAGAUCCUGACAAAUAGCUCUCAACAGGAUGUGGUUAGCACACUGAAUCAACAUGACAAAUCAAAGACAGUGACACCAACCAAAAAAUCACUCAGGAAGAGGAUCGCCAGCAAAAUCAAGGCUCUCUUUGUCAGAAAAUACGCCAGACAGUCUAUCCUGAGCGUGACGACCAAACUGAGUGACAAGGAAACCUCAAGUGAAAGAGAGACAGAAGAGGAAUUAUCAGUGGAGACUCUUCUUGACAGUGUUGAUGAAGUCAUGAACGACAUGAUCUCAUACAAAGCUCUGGAAAACAGAAGCAGUUCACCAAAAAUUUGCCUGUUUCAGAAACUUGCCAGCUACAUUUCCAGCGGAGAGCAUGAUAGUGAUGCUGAGUUGCUGAGUGAAGCCCUGGCCGAUCAUCUGAUGCCUGAAGAAGACAAUGAAGUAAAGUCUCAGGUGGAGAUCCGGACAGAAGUAGAUGGUUUCAUGAAGAGGAUGAGGAACUGGCUCAAUCAGCAGGUACAAAAGUGUAAAGGAAAGAAGGGCAACAUCAGUAUGGCUGUGAAACAGAUCUUUAAGGUUGUGAGCAUUCAGCCAGAAGAAACAAGUGCUCUGGAAGAAGAGACGGACACUUUAACCGACAUCACACCUAAGAAUAAGUCAAGCCAAAGGUCCACAUCUCAGUGUAAGGAGGAGGAGGUCCCGACAGUCACGCAGACCCCUGUAACUUCUCUUCAACAAGACGAUACAAGCAGUGAUGAGUCUGAAGCCGAUGCAACUACUAAAUCAGUUAUAUCUGUGAAGAGCAUCUUGGAGGAACAUUGGAGAGAGAUAGCUGCUGUUGAUGAAGACGGUGUGAUUUCAAGGAAAGAAAUGGAGCAGCUUCAUUCAAGAUCUGCCCAGGAUUCAGAUGAACUAGCAAUAGAGAUUGUUGAGAUCCUGACAAAUAGCUCUCAACAGGAUGUGGUUAGCACACUGAAUCAACAUGACAAAUCAAAGACAGUGACACCAACCAAAAAAUCACUCAGGAAGAGGAUCGCCAGAAAAAUCAAGGCUCUCUUUGUCAGAAAAUACGCCAGAGAGUCUAUCCUGAGCGUGAUGACCAAACUGAGUGACAAGGAAACCUCAAGUCAAAGAGAGACAGAAGAGAAACCAUCAGUGAAGAUUUUUCUUGACAGUGUUGAUGAACUCAUGAACGACAUGAUCUCAAAGGUAGUUCUGGAAACCGGGAGCCGUUCAGAAGAGGAUUGCCUGUUUGAGAAACUUGCAAGCUACAUUUCUUGUGGAAAGCAUGAUAGUGAUGCUGAGUUGCUGAGUGAAGCCCUGGCUGAUCAUCUGAUGCCUGAAGAAGACAAUGACGAAAUGUCUCAGGUGGAGAUCCGGACAGAAGUAGAGGGAUUCAUGAAGAGGAUGAGGAACUGGCUCAAUCAGCAGGUACAAAAGUGCAAAGGAAAGAAGGGCAACAUCAGUAUGGCUGUUCAAGAGAUCUCAAAGGUUGUGAGCAUUCAGCCAGAAGAAACGAGUGCUCUGGAAGAAGAGACGGAGAUGGAGACCUACAUCAAACCUAAGAGUGACAAAAGAGUGAAGAGCGCGACAUUCGCCCCUGAGCAUGCAGUACCCCAACGAUCCACACCUGACCAUGCAGUACCCCAACAAUCCACAUCUCAGUGUGCAGUACCCCAACGAUCCACACCUGAGUGUGCAGUACCCCAACCAUCCACAUGUCAGUGUGCAGUACCCCAAAGAUCCACAUCUGACCAUGCAGUACCCCAACAAUCCACACCUGAGCGUGCAGUACCCAAACGAUUUACACCUCACACCCCCAAACUCCAAAACUGGGACCAACUGACCUGUGAAAUCAUCGUGUUGGAGCUGUCACGCACCAUCCUGAAAGAUCUCCCCAUCGAUAAGACCCACAGCGCCUACAAAGCCACCGUAGCCAAGUUGACCAACAUGCUCUGGACAGAGGUAAGAGGCUCAGAAGUUGAAGUGGAUUUAAGUUCAGUGAACUUGAAGAAGAUCUGCAAGAAGGUUGCCAAGAAGCUGUCUAACAAGGUAGGUGAUGCGUUGCUCUGGAGGAGCCUGCUGUCACAGACUCAGUCAUUGAACGAGGUAGUGGUGGAAACUCUGACUAAACAGCUUUUCCCAAAGAAGACCAGCGGCAUCAAAAGGUUCUUCACACGUAUAUUCAAGCCCAUCACUUCCCUCUUCAAACGUAACUAAAGAACCAUCGGUAUGGGUUUACUCCGAGAACUUCGGUUUCCUCCCACAGUAACAUCAAAUGUUUCAAAAAAAUAAAAACAAAAACAAAAAAAAUAAAAUUUCUUAACUUAA